CUGUUACAGUGGUAAACGAAUGUGGUAAAGAAACGACCAGAAAACUACCACACGGACAGAAUGUUUAAGGGUGCGUUUCAGAUGUACGAUCGUUUCUCCGGGACGCAAAGUCAACGCCAACCAACGGGUCUCAGGUGUUUGCGAGAGUACAUUUCUUUUCUCUUUCAUUCAACGUUUCAUCCCGUCUGGUUUUUCAUCUCUCCCUCCCCACCCCCGAUUCUCCCUUUUCCGCCGAACUUAAGCAAGGCAGGUGGCAAAGCUUUUAAGGUGUGGAUUCGAAGUUGGUGUAGCUCAGGAUGGUUGCAUUCGUUGUACUCUCCAAGGGGUACGGGUUUUCUCAAUUUCCUACUUUCCAGACCGCGAACCGUUUUAAUGCUGGUGGGCUACGGUUUGCACCAAUACCAAAAGCCGAGCGAGAGAGCGAGCGAGCGUGAACCCAGAGCCCCCGGGGAACGAGCGAAUGAAGAAUUUCUUCUGGGGCCUACGUCGACGGUCUUCAAUACGUAGCAGACAGUGGAACCAGCAAGGUGUCCGCUCCGAGUAGUCGUCCGAGGCGUCUGUUUGCUGGCGUUCGUACGCUGAAGCAGAGGAAGGUGAGAGAGACGAGGCCGAGUUUGGCCUGGAUACGGUGUGGAAACGAGUGUGGAGCGACCAGCUAGCCUAGCCCGCGCUGCAUUGCAGUACGGCCAACGCAUAAGAAACGGGGGGAAAAAAGGGGGAUUGAACGUAUUCCUACCGUCUAACGUCUUGCGAUCGUUCCACUACAAAAAAGUGCCCAAGUGUGUUUUUUGUUUUUUUGGAAGAGUUACGAGUAAAAGUGACCCCAGUGUGAACUAACGCGCGCGCUUUAUUACUGUGUUGUUACUGUUACUGUUAGUUAGUUUGUUGUUCGAAAGUUUAGUUUUGUUCUCCGUUCUUUGGUAGUGAUCAUCGUGUUUUGCGGCUGUGGUUUUGUAGAUCGUUUUUAAACGUGUUCGACAAACGGUUGUUGUGUCCCCGUUUGCUGGUACCCGCCCAGCACCAUUUAUACAUCUUGGAAGAAAGCUUCUUUGAAAUUAAGCAAAGCAAAAAAGAAAAAAAAAUAGUCAGUGAAAAUCAGCAUCCCAGUGUGAGGAUCGGUCGGUUUGUGUGCGCGCGCAACACGCAAGGGGUGUUGCACCCCUUCUAGCAUAGCCACCACCCGCUACCACCGCCAUCUUCUUCUACCGCUCAGUGCCCAGCAAAUCCCGUACCAAAAACCAGUAGUGAAUGUGGAUGUGAAAUCGCGAAGGAAGAACCGCGAGAGCGAGAAGGAGUCAACAAGCGCGAGAGAGAGAGAGAGAGAGAGAGCAAAAACUGGGGACGUAGACAAUUUCUAAGUCACAAAACUACAAACAUGUACACGUUCCCUAAAUGUUGGACCCUGCUGCUGAUAGUCGUAGCCGUAACGGGAAUAUCCGCUGAGGAUGUACUUACCUGCCCAAAUGGUUGGAAAUUACGGGGACUACACUGUUACAAGUACUUCAACGUGAAACACUCGUGGGAAAAGUCGGCGACACUAUGCAAAAGGUACGGGUCCGAGUUGGUGACGGUUGAUUCGUACGACGAAAACAACGCCACGUACAGCAUUGCGACCAGCAGUGAGUACCGCACACGCAACAAUGUGAAGUACUGGCUCGGAUUCGCCUCGCUGGAUGAUCUGCGAACAAACACGCUCGAGUCUACGUCGGGCGAUCUGUUUUCGCAGUACUCCGGCUUUUGGGCAAUUAAUGAACCGAACCCGAUCGCAGGUGAAUGCGUGUCAGCAAACCUUGGUGCCACCGAGCAAAACUGGGAACUUCGGUCCUGCGAAACAUUGCUACCCUUCAUGUGUAAGGCCCGUGCCUGUCCACAGCAAUCGUUCCACUGCUCGAACGGUGCGUGCAUUAACCAGGCGUACAAGUGCGACGGAAACGAUGACUGUGGAGACGGUAGUGAUGAGCUGGACUGUAGUGCGAACUGUAACAUCUACAUGGCGUCGGGUGGUGAUGUGAUCGAGUCACCGAAUUUCCCGCAGAAGUAUACUUCGCUGAAGUCCUGCAAGUGGACACUCGAGGGCCCACAGGGCAGCAACAUUAUUCUGCAGUUCCAGGAGUUCGAUACGGAGAAGAACUUUGACACGGUGCAGAUACUGGUCGGCAGUCGGACGGAGGAUACGGCCGUGUCACUAGCAACGCUCUCCGGUAAAAGUGAUGUGCCGAACCGUACGUUCAUUACCGCGUCCAACUUCAUGAUCAUCAAGUUCACGUCUGACGGUAGCGUGGAGAAGAAGGGUUUCCGGGCGACGUGGAAAACGGAACCACAAACGUGCGGUGGUGUGUUGCAGGCCAGCAAGCAGGAACAGUAUCUGAAGAGUCCAGGAUUCCCCCAGGCUUACCCGGGUGGCAUUGAGUGUUUGUACGUGAUAAGCGCACGGAAAGGUUAUACCGUUUCGCUCGAUGUACAGGAGCUAGAUCUUAACGCGGACAGUGACUUCCUGCUGAUCCGCGAUGGCGAGAGUGCACACGACAAGCCGAUCGCUAAGCUAACCGGUACGAUCGAAUCGAAACCGAGCCGUGUUAUCAUUUCCACCGGGAACAAGCUGUAUCUGUACUUUAGCACCUCGCUGGCACAACCGGCUAAAGGAUUUAACAUACGCUACGUUGAAGGUUGUACUGCGGUAGUCAAUGCUGCCAAUGGGACAGUUACUUCACCUGCGUACAAUCUCUCUCCAUAUCCGAACAAUCAGGAGUGUUACUUUGUGAUCAAGAACCCAUCCGGCAAACCAUUAUCGAUGCGUUUCGUCGACUUUGACGUACAUCGGUCAGAUUUGGUGCAAGUGUUCGAUGGUCCGUCUACUUCAGGCGUGCGGUUACACGCAGGAAACGGUUUUACGGACAGUAACGCACCGAAGAUCACGUUGACCGCUUCGUCCGGAAAGAUGCUGCUGAAGUUCAUUACCGAUGCGCUAUACAAUGGAAAAGGUUGGUCAGCUGAAUUCUCUGCUGAUUGUCCUGAGCUGAAGCCGGGCAUUGGUGCGAUUGCUAGCAGUCGCGAUACUGCGUUCGGUACGGUGAUCAACUUUACCUGCCCCGUUGGACAGGAGUUCGCGACGGGUAAGAAUCGUAUUACGACCGUGUGCCAGAAUGGAGGCAACUGGAGUAUUAGCUACAUUCCCGACUGUCAAGAGGUUUAUUGUGGACCGGUGCCACAAAUCGACAAUGGAUUCUCGUUCAAGACCACCAAUGUUACGUACCGGGGCAUUGCCACUUACCAGUGUUAUGCUGGGUUUGCUUUUGCAUCCGGUAUUGCGACGGAAACAAUUUCCUGUCUGGCUGACGGUACAUGGGAACGGCAACCGGCUUGCAUGGCAUCGCAGUGUCCACCAUUGCCGGAGGUAGCACACGCUAACGUGACGGUACUGAACGGUGGUGGACGUAGCUAUGGUACAAUCAUCAGCUACGAAUGUAUUCCCGGAUAUGUCCGCACGGGACGUCCCAUCUUGAUAUGCAUGUCCAACGGGCAGUGGAGCAGCCCAGUUCCGAGCUGUUCUCGCAAGCAGUGCUACAAGAUCCCAGAAAUACAGAACGGGUACGUGGUGGACAAGACGCGCGAGUACUACUACGGCGAUGAGGCACGUGUCCAGUGCUACAAGGGCUACCGUUUGAUUGGCUCACACACUGUCAAGUGCAACGAGCAGCAAGACUUCUCUAAUGUUCCGGUCUGUGAAGAUAUUGACGAAUGUCAAACGUCACAGUGUGAUGCGUCAUCGACCGAGUGUAUGAAUGCGGCCGGUUCGUUCCAUUGCAAGUGUAAGACGGGUUACACCUCGUCCAUGGAAUGCCGACCCGUGGUCGAUCUGGGUCUCUCGAACGGUGGUAUAUCCGAUGACAGCGUAACGGUGUCAUCGACAGCAAGUGGCUACGAAAAAGGCAUGAUUCGUCUUAACUCGGUGGGCUGGUGUGGGAAUGGGAAGGAGCGAGGAUCAAACUGGGUAAUAAUCGAUCUAAAAGCUCCGACCAUUGUGCGUGGUUUCCGGACAAUGUCCGUACAGCGUAUGGACGGUGCAUUGGCAUUUACCUCAGCGAUACGGCUCGAAUACUCGGAUGACAUAUCCGAUGUGUUCAAGGACUACGCCAACCCGGACGGUACGGCGGUAGAGUUCCGCAUACUGGAACCGACGCUUUCGAUACUGAACCUCCCGAUGCCGAUCGAGGCACGGUACAUCAAGUUCAAGAUACAAGACUUUGUCGUAGCACCGUGCAUCAAGCUGGAGAUAAUGGGCUGCACACGUUUGGACUGUUUGGAUGUGAACGAGUGCGCCAAGGACAAUGGUGGAUGCAACCAGAAGUGCGUUAACUCGCCCGGCUCGUACAAGUGUGCCUGUAACUUUGGCUACGAACUGUUCCGCCAGAAUGGAACCGAAGGAUUCUUCGUCGAACGACACGAAACGGGUGAACAGGAUGGGGAUGUGUACCAGCGCAACAAGACGUGUGUGCGCAAGAUGUGCCCAGCGCUGUCCGAUCCGGAAAAUGGUAAGCUGCUGAGCAGCGAGAUUCAGCACCACUUUGGCGAUGUUGUGCGAUUCCACUGCAACUUUGGAUACGUCCUGUCGGGCAGUUCGUCGUUGGCGUGCAUGUCGAAUGGUAACUGGAACGCCUCCAUGCCAAAAUGUUUGAGUGCCAAGUGUGUUUCGUUACCGGACGAUGAGAAGGAAGGAUUGUUCGUGAAGCGCGGUGACCAGAAUGACAUUUUGGUUCCGUUUAAUGAGAAUGUUACCCUCGAGUGUACAACGUCUGGAAAGCAGAUUGGCAGAACGGCCAUUUCCACCUUCCGGCAGUGUGUGUUUGAUCCACAACCGGGCUAUCCGGACUAUUGGCUAUCGGGUGUUUUACCGACCUGUUCCCGAGCGGACUGUGGUGUACCGAUGCCAACGGCCGGUGCCGAGUAUGGCCAGUAUGCCGACACCAAGUACAUGAGCUCGUUCUUCUUCGGUUGUCAGAACACCUUCAAGCUGGCCGGUCAAACGACCAUGAACGAUAAUGUUGUGCGCUGUCAAGCGAACGGCGUGUGGGACUUUGGUGAUCUUCGCUGCGAAGGACCUGUGUGUGUAGAUCCGGGUCGCCCGAACGAUGGAUUCCAGGUGGCAAACAGCUACGAACAGAGCUCGGAAGUUUUGUUCGGAUGCUCGCGCGCUGGCUACAUCCUGAUCAAUCCACGUCCGAUCACGUGCGUAAAGCAACCGGAAUGCAAAACAAUCAAACCGAUCGGUAUCUCAUCCGGGCUCAUCCCGGACAGUGCAAUCAAUGCGACUUCGGAGCGACCGAACUACGAGGCGAAGAAUGUACGUCUGAACUCGGUGACUGGAUGGUGCGGCAAGCAGGAAACGUUCACUUACGUUAGUGUCGAUCUGGGCAAGGUUUAUCGUGUGAAGGCCCUGCUGGUGAAGGGUGUCGUAACGAACGAUAUCGUAGGCCGCCCGACAGAGAUUCGGUUCUUCUACAAACAGUCUGAAAAGGAAGACUAUGUCGUGUACUUCCCGAACUUUAACCUGACAAAGCGUGAUCCGGGUAACUACGGUGAGCUGGCUAUGAUCACGUUGCCCAAGUACGUUCAGGCACGCUUCGUUAUUCUCGGCAUCGUAAGUUACAUGGAUAAUCCGUGCCUGAAGUUUGAGCUGAUGGGAUGCGAAGAACCGGCGACCGAUCCGCUGCUCGGCUACGACUAUGGGUAUUCGCCGUGCGUUGACAAUGAGCCACCAAUCUUCCAAAACUGCCCACAGCAACCGAUUCUCGUUAAGCGUGGUCCGAACGGAGAAGUUCUGCCACUGAACUUCACCGAACCGACAGCACUCGACAACUCGGGCUCGAUCGCACGGUUGGAGGUGAAACCGCCACAUUUCAAAACGACCAGCUACGUGCUGGACAACACAGUCGUAAAGUACAUCGCCUACGAUUACGACGGCAAUGUGGCGAUCUGCGAGAUCAACAUCACGGUACCGGACAUAACGCCACCACUGCUCGAUUGUCCGCAGAGUUUCGUCAUUGAGCUCGGUGAGAAGCAGGCAAACUACUACGUCAACUUCAACGACACGAUCAAACGCGUGAAAGCGUCGGACAGUUCCGGGGACGUACGGAUUGAGUAUGUGCCCGAGUCUGCAUCGAUACCGCUCGGUGGAUUCCGCAACGUAACUGUCGUGGCAACGGAUAAGUACAACAACAAGGCCACCUGUAACUUCCAGGUAUCGGUACAACCAACGCAGUGCGUCGAUUGGGACCUGCAAGCGCCGGGUAAUGGGGAAAUCAAAUGCACCACACAGGAAUCGGGUGGUGUCGAGUGUGAAGCAACCUGCAAUCCAGGCUUCCGGUUUACGGACGCGGACAAGAAGAAGGUGUUCAUGUGCAAGAAGGGCCGCUUCUGGAAACCGUCGUCCGUCGUACCGGAUUGCGUGUCGGAGAAUACGCAACGUGCAGACUACCAGGUGGUGGCAACUACGACCUACCGGGCGAAUGGUGUCGUGUCGGAACAAUGUCUACCACAGUACCAGGAACAGACGGCGAAACAUUUUGCCAGCUUGAGCAGUGUGCUAUCGCAGCGCUGUUCGGCCGUCUACGUUAAUAUGAACGUUACCAUCCUGAAAUCGGUUCCACGACUUCUCGAGGAAAACGUUGUGCAGAUGGACUUCAUUCUACUGAUUGAUCCGGCAGUGAAGCAACCUCAGCUGUACGAUCUAUGCGGUUCCACGUUGAACCUGAUCUUCGACCUAAGUGUGCCGUACGCAAGUGCCGCCAUUGAACCACUUUCGAAUGUGAAAUCGAUCGGAAACGAGUGUCCACCGUUGCGUGCACUGAAGAGCGCCAUCUCGCGAGGAUUCACGUGCGGCGUUGGAGAGGUGUUGAACAUGGACACGAACGACGUACCACGGUGUUUGCACUGUCCUGCGGGUACAUAUGCUGGCGAAAACCAGAAAACAUGCUCGCCUUGCUCCAAGGGUUUCUAUCAGCAUCGCGAACGGCAAGGUUCGUGUCUGAAGUGUCCUGUUGGUACAUACACGAAGGAGGACGGUUCGAAGGCGGUACAGGACUGUGUGCCAAUCUGUGGCUAUGGAACGUACUCACCGACCGGUCUGGUGCCUUGUUUGGAGUGUCCGCGCAACUCGUUCUCGGCGACCCCACCGCUCGGUGGCUUCCGGGACUGUCAGGCUUGUCCGAGCGGUACGUUCACCUAUCAACCGGCGGCUCAGAGUGAGAGUGACUGUCGACGCAAGUGUCCGGCCGGUACGUACUCGCACACCGGUCUUGCACCAUGUUCACCCUGCCCGAAGAACUACUACCAGAAGUCGGAGGGAGCCACUAGCUGUAGCGAGUGUCCUUCGGGACGCCGCACGGAUACGAUCGGCUCGCUAACGGCCGAUGAUUGUAAACCGAUCAUGUGCAACGAAAACUCCUGCCAGCAUGGUGGAUUGUGUGUGCCACUCGGACACGAUAUUCACUGCUUCUGUCCGGCCGGAUUCUCGGGCACACGCUGUGAGGUCGAUAUCGACGAGUGUGCCUCCCAGCCGUGCUACAAUGGCGGAACGUGUAAGGAUUUGCCGCAAGGUUAUGAGUGCCGUUGUGCCCGCGGUUACACCGGUAUCAACUGUCAGGAGGCGAAGAGCGACUGUGAUGCGGAUCCGUGUCCGGCGCGUGCCAUGUGCAAGGAUGAACCCGGGUUCGGGAACUAUACCUGCAUGUGCCGUAGUGGGUACACCGGUGACAACUGUGACAUUACGAUCGAUCCGUGUACGGCGGGUGAAAACCCGUGCGGUAAUGGAGCCACCUGUAUUGCACUGCAGCAGGGUCGGUUCCGGUGUGAGUGUACACCGGGCUGGGAGGGUCAUCUGUGCAGCAUCAAUACGGACGACUGUGCGGAGAAGCCGUGUCUGCUGGGCGCAAACUGUACGGAUCUGGUGAACGAUUUUAGCUGCACCUGUCCGCCAGGAUUUGCCGGGAAGCGGUGCCAGGAGAAGAUUAACCUUUGCCUGUCGGAACCCUGCAACCAUGGUAUGUGUGUCGAUCGGUACUUCUACCACGAGUGCGUGUGCAAUCCGGGCUGGGAAGGUGCUGCCUGCGACGUCAAUGUGGACGAGUGUGAUAGCAGCCCGUGCGAGAAUGGUGGCGUCUGUACGGAUAUGAUCAACGACUAUCAGUGUAGCUGUGCCGAUGGAUAUACAGGCAAGAACUGCCAGCAUACGGUUGAUGAUUGUGAAAGUGCACCGUGCCAGAAUGGUGGAACGUGCGUCGAUCGGUUGGAUGGAUUCUCGUGCCAAUGCCGGCCAGGAUAUGUUGGGGUGCAGUGCGAGACGGAUCGUAACGAGUGUCUUAGCGAUCCGUGCAAUCCGAUCGGUACGGAGAAGUGCAUGGAUAGGGAGAACACGUUCGAGUGUGUCUGCCGCCAAGGCUUCGAUGGUAAGGUGUGUGACAACGACAUCGACGAUUGUGAGUAUGCACCAUGCCAGAAUGGUGGCACCUGUUUGGAUCGUGUCGGUGGUUUCGAGUGCCAAUGUCCGGCGGGAUGGACGGGUGAGCGUUGCAACGUCCAGGUGACGGCCUGUGACGUUGAACGACCGUGCAAGAACGAUGCUCAGUGUAUCGAUCUGUUCGAGGACUUCUUCUGUGUGUGUCCGAGUGGCACGGAUGGUAAGAAGUGUGAGACUGCGCCAGACCGAUGCAUCGGACAGCCGUGUAUGCAUGAGGGCCAGUGCAAGGACUACGGGUCGGGACUGAACUGUUCUUGCUCGAUGGAUUUCACCGGUGUUGGAUGCCAGUACGAGUUCGAUGCAUGUGAAGCGGGCACUUGUCAGAAUGGAGCGACCUGUGUCGAUCGUGGCAGUGGAUAUCAGUGUAUCUGUCCGCCUGGAUAUACGGGGCGAAACUGCGAGCAUGAUCAGGUGGAUUGUAAGGACAACUCCUGCCCACCGGGUGCUGUUUGCAUCGAUCUGAACAACGACUUCUACUGCCAGUGUCCGUUCAAUCUGACUGGAGACGAUUGUCGCAAAUCGGUCCAGAUUGAUUACGAUCUAUACUUUAGCGACCCAUACCAUUCGUCUGCCUCGCAAGUGGUUCCGUUCUAUACGAGUGCGUCGGACAGCUUAACGCUGGCCAUGUGGGUGCAGUUCGCUCAGAAGGAUGAUACGGGCAUCUUCAUAACGCUGUAUUCUGCCAAUGCACCAAAUGUGAUCACCAAGCGUAGGACAAUGUUGCAGGCCCACUCGAGCGGUGUGCAGGUAUCGUUCUUCGAAGAUCUCCAGGAUGUGUUCCUACCGUUCAAAGAGUACAGUACCAUCAAUGACGGUCAGUGGCAUCAUAUCGCUGUCGUUUGGAAUGGCAAAACGGGACAGCUUAUGCUCAUUACCGAGGGCUUCAUUGCCAGCAAAGCUGAGUAUGGUGUAAACCGAGUACUUCCCAAUUACUGCUGGCCUGUGCUUGGUGCACCACUGAUGGAUGGCAACCGGAAGGAAGCGUACAGUGAUCUUGGCUUCCAGGGUAAACUGACGAAGGUUCAAAUCUGGAGCCGAGCGCUGGACGUAACGAACGAGAUCCAGAAGCAGGUGCGUGAUUGUCGUAGCGAACCGGUACUGUACAAGAACCUCAUCCUGAACUGGGCGGGCUACGAACAAACGCUUGGUGGCGUUCAACGAUCCGUACCGUCGACCUGUGGCCAGAAGAAGUGCAAACCGGGCUAUGCCGGUGCUAACUGUCAGCAGCUGCAGGUAGAUCGCGAAGCACCGCAAGUUGAGUACUGUCCAACGGAUCUGUGGGUCGUGGCAAAGAAUGGUUCAACCGUGGUCAACUGGGAGGAACCUCGGUUCACCGACAAUAUUGGCAUUUCGAAGAUUGUCGAACGCAAUGGACACCGGUCGGGUGAAACGUUGCUGUGGGGAAUUUACGAUGUAAUGUAUCUGGCGUACGAUGCCGCCGGUAACACCGCGUCCUGCGCAUUUAAGGUGACAAUCGUGGCCGAAUUCUGUCCCGCAUUGGCCGAUCCGCUUGGAGGUUCUCAGAGCUGCAAGGAUUGGGGUGCCGGUGGUCAAUUUAAGGUGUGUGAGAUUGCGUGCAAUCCGGGCAUGAAGUUCUCGCAAAUUGUGCCACGGUUCUAUACGUGCGGUUCGGAAGGAUUCUGGCGCCCGACCAUGCAACCGAAUGUGCCGCUGGUGUAUCCGUCCUGUUCACCGACCAAACCGGCCCAGCGGCUUAUUCGCAUCCAGAUGCAGUUCCCUUCGGACGUGCUGUGCAAUGAAGCUGGACAGGGUGUGUUGAGACAGCGCAUUAAGAAUGCAAUCAAUGCACUGAACCGUGACUGGAACUUGUGCUCGUACUCGAUGGAAGGAUCGCGCGAAUGUCGCAAUGUAGAGAUCGACGUAAGGUGCGAUCGUAACAGACAUCCGAACAUUGUCAAGCGACAGACGGUGCUGCAGAUCUCGCCAAAUCCUGAGAGCGCUUACGCCAUUAAUGCUACCAUUCCGAUCAAGAGUGAAAUUGUGAGCAACUCCAAUGGCCAGCGUUUGAAUACGUUGAACCUGCUGGAGAAGCUUAUUCUGGAAGAUAAUCAGUUUGCGGUACAGGACAUUCUGCCGAACACGUUCGGCGACGCGUCUUCACUUAAUCUCGUAACGGAGUACGCCUGCCCACAGGGUCAGGUAGUGGUCGAGCCGGACUGUGUGCCGUGUGCGGUCGGUACGUUCUACAACGUGUCGAGCAAAACGUGUCUGCCAUGUCCGGAGGGAUCCUAUCAGCCCGAGAUAGGUCAGCUGCAGUGCAAGAGCUGUCCAAAGAUCGCUGGACGAACGGGUGUAACGGCACUGGUUGGCGCUAGAUCAGCCGUCGAAUGCAAAGAACGAUGUGCUGCCGGUAAGUAUUUGGAUUCGGUUACCGGACUUUGCCAACCAUGCGGCUAUGGUUACUAUCAACCGAACGAAGGUUCGUUCACGUGUGAGAUCUGCGGUUUGGGACAAACGACCCGUACACCGGAAGCCACCAGCAAGAGCGAAUGUCGCGAUGAAUGUAACUCCGGCAUGCAGCUUGGUCUGGAGGGCAAAUGUGAGCCAUGUCCACGUGGUACGUACCGCAAGCAGGGAGUACAUCCCUCGUGCCUCUCAUGUCCCAAUGGACGUACGACGGCUAAGCUUGGAUCUUCCAAUGUCGAAGAGUGCUCGUUACCUAUCUGCUCGCCUGGAACGUAUCUGAAUGGUACGCUGAACGUGUGCGUAGAGUGUCGCAAGGGCUUCUAUCAGUCGGAGCACCAGCAGACAUCUUGCAUCCCAUGUCCACCGAAUCAUACCACUAGAAGUACCGCAGCGAACAACAAAAAUGAAUGCAUUAACCCGUGUGAGGAUGUGUCGGAUGGUUCACCGCGUUGCGAUCCGAACGCGUUCUGCAUACUGAUACCGGAAACGUCCGACUUCAAGUGCGAAUGUAAGCCAGGCUUCAAUGGUACUGGAAUGGAAUGUUCGGACAUGUGUAACGGCUUCUGCGAGAACUCUGGUCAUUGUGUGAAGGACGCCAAGGGUCUACCAUCGUGUCGAUGCAAGGGAUCGUUCACGGGCACCAAGUGUACCGAGCGGUCCGAGUUUGCUUACAUUGCCGGUGGCGUUGCAGCUACCGUCAUCUUCAUAAUACUCAUCGUUCUACUGAUCUGGAUGAUCUGUGCGCGAGCCAAUCGCAAGCGAGAUCCGAAAAAGAUCAUCUCACCAGCUGCGGAUCAGACGGGAUCGCAGGUUAACUUCUAUUACGGAGCGCACACGCCAUAUGCCGAAAGUAUUGCUCCAUCGCAUCACAGCACGUACGCACACUAUUAUGACGACGAGGAGGACGGUUGGGAGAUGCCCAACUUCUACAAUGAAACGUAUCUUAAAGAUGAUCAAUUCAUCGGAGUUCAAGGUGCCAACGGAAAGCUUAAUUCGUUGGCUCGAUCUAAUGCAUCGUUGUACGGUACGAAGGACGAUCUGUACGAUCGGCUAAAACGUCACGCUUAUACCGGUAAAAAAGACAAAAGUGACACGGACAGUGAGGAGCAUUAGGCAUCGUUGUUAAUUUAAGCAUUAGCUCAUAUUAAAAUCCCUUCGAAAUACUCUUGUAUAAAACAAUAUUAAGUAGAACAAGACGCAUGCAAACGAACAAGAAGAAGACGAAAAACAACCACAAUCACGCGGGAACACAACCUUUUCAUUGAAUAAAUUGUAUGUUUUAAAUUACGACUUUUAAA